AUGAAGCGAACUACUAUUAAACAUUUAACAUUGAUCACUAUUCAAUGUUCAAUUAUUGUAUUAAUGAUUUCAUCUUGUCAUUCAUUGAUGUAUACAGAAAAAUUUACAAAUAUUUUAUUUGGUCGUUGUAAUUUAAAACAUAUCAAUAAAUUAGAUUCAAUUAAUUGUCCAAAUAAAUCAUGUAGUCAACAUAUUGAUUGUUGGGUUAGUUAUGGUCCAUCGCAAAGAUGUGUUUGUGAUCCAAUCAUGUGUGGAUCAGUAUGUUUACCAGAGAAUGCUAAAUGUCCUGAACCUGCACCGUUAUUAAACGGAAAUGUUAUAUUCAAUGAUACCGAUGUUGGAGAUAUUGUGGAAUAUACAUGUAAACCAGGUCUGACAGUUCGAGGACAACGUAAACGACACUGUUUGGCAACUUUAAGUUGGAGCGGAUCAGCACCAACAUGCAGUAAUCAAACUGAAACAUGUUUUAGUCCACCGGCUAUUUUAAACACACGAAUAAUUCAAUCACCACAAAAUCCAUCAGAUAAGAUUCGUGAUGAUUAUCGGUCGGGUGAAAAAGUCAAAAUUGAAUGUAUUCCUGGUUAUAGAGAUUCAGAGAGACAAUUGACAGAAGCAAUAUGUGUUGGAACAGAAUGGCAAUAUUCAGAAUUGAGAUGUGAAAGAAUAUCAUGUGGUUUUAUAAAAGAACCUCAGUAUGGAUAUAUUCAGUAUAAAUAUGAUCAAAGUUUUCAAGCAGAAGCACUUAUCUCAUGUUCAGAAGGUUAUAAAUUUGACUGUGAUACUGCAUUCUUGUCAAUGGAUAAUAGUUUAAGUUGUAAACGUAUUUGUCUAGAAAAUGGAUCAUGGUCAGGAGAUGAGGUGAUUUGUAAAGCUAUUACUUGUACAGAACCGCCGAUAAUUUUAAAUGGUCAUUCAGUGAUUAAUUCACUCAAUGUGAAUGGAACACAAAUAUCACAAUGUGAUGAAGGUUAUGAACUACAUGGAUCAUAUCAGAGAGUUUGUCAAGUAAAUGGAAAAUGGAAUGGAGAAGAACCUUAUUGUAAAAAACGGGACUGUGGACCACCGCCUCAAAUUCAAAAUGGUGUAGUAUCAUUUCAAACCACAACAUAUGGAAGUAAAGGAAAAGUAAUAUGUGAAGCAGAGACGACAUUAUCAGUUGAAAAUGAAGAGGUAGUAUGUAGUGUCAACGAAACCAACACUAUAUGGAAACCUCAACCAUUUCCACAAUGUAAUCGACAUUGUUAUCUAUUCACUGUGGAACAUGGUGAUGUGUACUUGAUUCAUCGUCAAUAUAAUGGUGCUAAACAGAUUAUACAAAUUACCACAGAAGAAUUCGGUAUAGAAGGUGAUACACAAAUACAUCUGGUCAAUAGUAUUUCUAAUCAAGUUAUUCUACCUGGUGGUAGGGUGAAACAUGGAUCAGAAUUGAAUGUAACCUGUCAAGUAGGUUAUGCAUUGAUUAAACCAAAUUAUCCAAUUACUAUAUGUCAAAAUGGAGUAUGGAGUGUACGAAGUAAAUGUGUUCCAGUGCAUUGUCCACUUAUAGACAUUGUUGAACCAUUGAAAGCAAAUAUUUCAAUUGAUGGAAAGUUAUUCAAUAUUCAUGAUUCGAAAAUAAUCCCAACACAAGAAACAAUUAUUAUAUUUUCAUGUCCUAAUGAAUAUUAUUUAGAUGGUCCUAAAUAUGUACAAUGUCAUUUAGGUCAAUGGUCACCGAAAACCAAUCACAUCAUCCAACUUGUCCAUGUGCACGUUUAUCAAAUUGGUCUGUCAUUAGCUGUUGCUGAAUUAGAAUUGAAAUUUGAACAUAGAGAUUUACAUUGGGGCAAUGUUUUAAUCAAUCAAUCUACUACUGCUGCUUCUUCUUCACUAAAUGAUGCCUGUUUAUAUUGUUCUACGCUAUGCAAUAAACAGCAUGAACAACAAUCUUAUGUGACAUUUCGUUUAGAUGGAAAAGAAUGGAAUAUUUCGAAAUUCGGUAUCGUUGUUCAUUUAAUUGAUUUUACAAUGUCACGUUUAGAACAAGGUGAAUGCUUUUUUAUAUUUUGUUUACAUGGUGGAUUAUCUCCAUCGAUCGAUACACUCGACCACAUCAGAGCUUUAGACAGAAUUCAAGAGGUUCCUCAUGAGGGUCCAAUGUGUGAUUUAUUAUGGUCUGAUCCAGAUGAUAGAGGUGGUUGGGGUAUCAGUCCACGUGGUGCUGGUUAUACAUUUGGACAAGAUAUAUCAGAAACAUUUAACCACAGUAAUAAUUUGACUUUAGUUAGUCGAGCACAUCAAUUAGUUAUGGAAGGCUUUAACUGGUGUCAUGAUCGAAAUGUCGUGACUAUAUUCAGUGCUCCAAAUUAUUGUUAUCGAUGCGGUAAUCAAGCAGCUUUAAUGGAAUUGGAUGAUAAUCUUAAGUAUAACUUUUUACAGUUCGACCCCGCGCCACGUAGAGGUGAACCGCAUGUGUCAAGGCGUACACCGGACUACUUCUUAUGA